AUGAGCGACGAGGCCGACGAGUCGACACAGCCGCGCGCGUCGCGCUUCAAGGAACACACAAAUACGAAUGGUAGCAUACGACCGCCGCCCGACGAGUUAUGGAAAGAUAUCGGGAUCGAAGCGCUGAUUGAGCAGUUCAACGAGGAGAACUCGAAGCCGCCAACCUCGAGGAAGAGCUCUGCGAAUCGUGUCCCUCGUCUAGUCAAGUCCUCUUCGAGGGCGGCUUCCGGUAGUGCGACACCUGCGGAUUCUGGCGUCGUCACAACUGUGCAAGCUUCGGCGUCUGCCUCGUCGGAGGGGACAUAUGCCCGCCUCCAGCGUGCAUUCGCAUCCAUGUUUGGCAGUGUUUUGGGCAAGCGCAAAGCCGGGGCUACAGACGCAGAGCGAGAAAGGGACCAGCACCAGCAAAUACUCGAGGAGCGCAAGAAGGCCGCCGAAAUCGCGUACCAUGAAGCAAAGGACCUGGGCCUACUUCCCACGCCAAAGGUCUACGUACGACCCGCUAUGAAGUCGCGGCAGUUUGGUACUCCAACCCAGCCUGUUGUCGCCGAGAAGAUGCAGCUUGGAUUGACCGCAGCCAUGGCUGAGGCAGCGACUCCUGUCCGUACACCACGAACACCAACUCUCCGCCACACCCCCAGCAAGAAAGAUCUACACAAGCAGAGGAAGCUUUCGAAGCGCGUGUCAGACCUCGAAUACAAGCUCGCCUCCGCCCGCAAGGAGCUCCAGACCGUCCUCUACAGCGACGUACCACCUGUCCCACGUAUGCCCGACUUCGCACCGCCCACACCCGACGUCACGCAAAGCGAAAACGAAGGCAAAUCGCGAAGUACCACCCCGAUCACCGCGCCUCCUCUGAGCAUUGGCAAAAUCGUAAAGAAGCGCAAGGCCACCACCCACGAUUCAGACGGCGAAUACAAACCCAUACCCACCGAUUCUGAGGGCGACCUCGAUCUCCUCUCCGCCAACUCUGCCUCUGAAGCGGAAAUGCCUGAGCGCAGCAUAAAACGUGCAAAGAGCGUCAAGGGCUCUGCGAGCAAGAGUCCUAGAAGAACUAGCUCGAGGCUGGUGAAGAGGUUUUCGAGGAACAACUUGAGAAGUGAGGAGCCCAUUAGGGUUGUACCUGAUGGCAUGGAUGUGCCCAAUGUGCCUACUAUACCACGUGAGAUGGAGAGUAAGGGAAAGAAAGUGCAGGUUGGUGAUGAUGGAUUCGGAGGAUUAGGCCAUGAGAUUUUCUGA